UGGGUUUAAUGUUUAAAUUGUGAAAUGAAGUUUUUCAGAAAGUUGGAUAAUAUUUAUGGCCGUGAAAUCAGUGGGAAAUGCAAUUAUCCUGCAUCAGAGUCCCAUACGAUUUUGGGGAAUGUGGUCGUCAAGUGGAUAAGGCGUCUGACUUGUAUUUGCCAUGCAGAGCUGGAUUCGAAUCCCGACAGAGCUUAUGGCUUUUUAAUUGAUAAUGAGAUGAAAAAUGUAUUGUAAAGUGGUUUGACCCCUUGUAUGCGACACCCAAGUUAAGCCCUCUAUCGAUACACUUGACACAAACAUAAAAUUCAAUUUUAUAUGAUUUUAAUAACAAUUAUGUUUUGUUUCAUACAAUGCAUCUUUAGUGAGUCCUGAAGACGAAUCGGUGCUAGCGAUAGAAGAAAAUAGUUUGCUGUCUUGUGAAAUAACAAUGCCUGAGUGGAAAAGACGUUUGACUUCAAAUAUUGAAUUAAUUUGCGAUGAUAAUUUGGGAGAUAUAAUUAAAAUCAUAACAUUGCCUUUCCAACAAACGCAUGCCAGCACCAAAGCCAUUAUAGAUCACUCGUCAUUACCAUUUGUACAAUGUAUUUAUUGCACUGAUUAUUUAAGGAACAUUCAAAUAGACAGCCCGAAAAUUGUCACCAAUAAAGAAAUAAUGACCAUAAAAGUCAGUGAACUGUUAUAUUGCCCUGCCUGUUCCAAGUGCAGUUUAAAAUCAAAUGUAACAAAAGAUUACCAUAAUCUUAACGAAGAGCCAAAUUGCACCAAUUUCCAAAUUAUUGAACAAUACAAUGGUGUUAACAUCAGUAACAAUAUUGUUUACAAUGAAGACGAUUACGAAUAUGACGAUGACAAUGAUAAUGACAAUGGUGAUGAAAAUAGUGAUGAGUAUUACUAUAAUUUCGACUGCACGCACAUGCCAGAUUGGUUAAGGGCCAGUUUAAAUUCAAAGCAAAAAAAUACACAUGUUAAUGUGGUCACAAGGAGAACAUGUAUACCACCAAGACCACCAAAUUCCUCAAUUAAUCUUUGGAAUUUCCUAAAGAAUUGUGUAGGAAAAGAUUUAGGUAGAAUCGCUAUGCCUGUAAAUUUUUUCGAGCCGCUAUCAAUGCUUCAAAGAUUGACUGAAGAUUUUGAGUAUUCUUCGAUUUUAGACAAUGCCUCCAAUCUUUCUGAUAACCUUGAGCAGAUGGCUUAUAUAGCGGUUUUUGCUGUAGCAUCUUAUGCGUCGAUAUCUAAUAGAAUUGGAAAACCGUUUAAUCCUAUUCAAGGGGAAACGUUCGAAUGUGACAGGACAGAUGAUUUCGGAUGGAGAUCCAUUGCAGAACAGAUCUCACACCACCCACCUACGGCGGCAAUGUACUGUGAGGGUACAGCCUGGCAAUGUUGGCAAGAGGUGACCGUCUAUACUAAAUUCAAGGGGACAAACAUCCGUGUAAUACCCGAAGGGUCCGUUCACCUAAAGUUUUCUACAGGUAAACACUACUAUUGGAGAAAGGUUCAGACAAUGAUCAAAAACAUCAUAAUUGGAAAACUGUAUGCCGAACCGUUUGGUACACUGGAAGUCCACAACUGCCAAAGUAAAGAAAUAGCUAAAGUCGAGUUUGUUCCAACGAGUAUGUUCAGUAAAGACUUUGAUAGGAAGGUUAUGGGCAGCGUUCUAGAUCAAAGUGGAAACAUUGUUUGGAAAAUACAUGGCACUUGGGACAAGGAAUUAAGUAUUGUAAAUGCCCAAAAUAAUAUCAAACUUUCUCAAAUUGGAAGCAGGGUUAUUUGGAGCCGGAAUGAAGCCAUACCUAAUUCAGAGGAUCUUUACAAUUUUUCAUUAUUGGCAUGCCAGCUAAAUGAAAUGGACGAAAAAGUUGCACCUACAGAUUCUCGUUUCAGACCCGACCAGAGGCUUAUGGAAGAAGGAUUUUUUGAUCUGGCGAAUGAAGCAAAAGCUCAACUUGAAGACCAACAAAGAUAUAGACUUGGCGUAAAGAAAAGGCCCGAUCAGCCAGAAAAUACUGAUGUGGUCAAAGUGACUUCAUUGUGGUUUUCAAAAUCUCAAAAUGAAUGCACAGAUGAAGAGAUGUACACGUAUAACGGAAAAUAUUGGGAGAACAAAUUGGAUGGUAAUUGGUCGAUGUGCCCAAGUCUGUUUGCAAUAGACCUAAGCAUUGUAUCUCCACAUUUGAGAGAUGAAAUGGAGCUUGCAUGUUCUCAAUAUACAUUUGCAACUACCAAUGUAAAAUAAUUUAAUGACACUGCCAUAAGUUAAUAAAUAUAUUUAAAAAGAAAAAAAACUGUAAAAUGGACUGCAUUUGUAACAAAUUGAAAACCAAUUCCAAGCUGACAAAAAAAGCUAGUUAAAAGCAUUACCACAAUAAAAGUAAAUUCUCAUUUGGUUUUUGAUCUACCUGCCGAAGUUAGAGAGAUAUUCCAAUAUAUAUUAAUAUUAUGGUAUAUAGAUCUAUCUUUUUUCUGCUACUUAUGACAACUGCCAGAAAUAAUAACAAAG